GCAAGAGACAGCAGCCGAACAAGAAAAGCAAGAAUGAAGCUCUCUGCUGGGACCGUCAUCCUAACUGUUGCAAUUUUGUCAGAGUGCUACUUCCGAACUUCUGCAAUACCCAUGAUUCCCAAAGCUGACGAGAUGGAGCCAGACCUGCAAGGCUUGAGUGAAAGCUUGGAGGACAAUACACUGAGAUACGCACCAGAAAGCUCCAGGAUCAUCGUAGUGGUUGACUCCGAUCUGCUGAGGACCCUAAAAUCUCUGGAAAGAGGAGUUUCUCAUCUCCGCCUUCCUGAGAGCAUUCUUAGCACCGAGCGCAGAGAUGCCACUUCAGAGCUGAGUCCGAGCAUCGCCAUCAUUAGGAGGGACACCAUGAGAUGUAUGGUGGGAAGAGUUUAUCGGCCAUGCUGGGAGGUGUAGAUCUUCUAGGAUGACAAGAAGAAGAACAGAAGCUGCUGAUGUCGAUCAAUUUCUUCUACUCUAAUGUGUUGCUUAGAGAGAAUGUAAAUGUUGAUGUUAUUUAUCUGAACUACAUGUCUUGCCAUUAA